UGGUCAUCUAACGGCUAUGGACUCUACUCCAUUUGCUGCAGUGUCCGACUUAGAUACUAGCUUGCCAGCGAAGUCACGAGAUGAACACCGCAUUCCAACCUCAGGCUUCACGUUUUCCAUCUCCGAUCUCUGGAAGCCUACGAAGGAGCCGAUUAGACAAUGGAUAAACCAACUACCGGUUCACGUACGCCGUGAGGAGCCCCUCGAGCCAGCCCAUUACCAAAAUCUCAAGCAUUCUCUCAUUCUAGCCUCGAAGACCACCGCCACAAACGGGCGAGGACAAGCCCAGCAGCAGGGUACCGGAAACCAACGGAAUCACGUCGCAGCAGACUCUUUAGCACUGGUCGUGGUCUCGUGAAUCGGAUUUCCAACGCUUGCCAUCGUGUCGUCACGCCAUCUCGAUAUAGCAGCUUAUCCAAAAGACCGGAUUCACGUAUGUCUCGCCUAGGGACGCCGGCACCAGAACCCACUCCCUCGCCAGGAACUCCAAGUUUCAUGCUCAUUGACCGCCCCAAGAUGCGAUUCGUGUUUGUGGGAGAUGCCGCAUGUGGCAAAUCCAGUGUCCUUCUACGUUUCUAUCGCGAUACGUUUACUCAGCACUAUAGCCCGACGCACUAUGAGCUGUUCCACAAAGUGGUGGCAGUCGACGAACAGGAUACCGAUAUAGAGCUAUGGGACACUGCCGGCGAUAUCGCAUUGGAGCAGCUUGCGCGCCUCAGCUAUCUGGCCUGGGAUGCUGUGUUCCUCUGCUUCAGCGUCAACAGCGUACGAUCCUUCAACAAUGCGCGUACUCAGUGGAUCACACAGAUUCGGCGCUAUACUCGCGGCGCUCCCCUUAUUUUCGUCGGCACGAAGACGGAUCAGCGCGUCGGCGCUAGUCUCUGGGCUCCGCUGUAUCCGAACCUUGAGACACGGAUCACCGCUACAGAGGGAGCUAUGACGGCAACGGCAAUUGGCGCUACUAGAUAUGUCGAGUGCUCUGCGAAGACGGGCCAAGGCAUCGUCGGCGUCUUUGAGGAGGGCGUGCGAGCGGUCUACGACCGACGCGAGGCGCUAGGAGAGCUAGAGACAAAGAAUCCCGAUCAUCUCUCUGGCUUGGCGGAGUUUCUCUGCUUCAGAUAAAAAUAGUGACGUGAUAGAUGCGUUCGUCAUGCCUCUACAUUUGUGGACUAGCGACAUUGAACGGCCGGGCGAGUGUAUAAUACUGGUGACUGCUUUGGCAGAGAACCAAUACGGGCGAGCUAUGAUGCCAUGCUAUUGACGUGUAAAUGCGAUUAGCUUAAUCUCAAUGUAGGAGAAAGUACCAAAAGUACAAGUCGCUUACGACGGAGAGACUAAUAUUCAAGAGUUAGAGAUAUCACUAUGGCUAA